UGCCUAGGACCCUGCUUGCUGAACCGACACGGAGCCAGCUAACUGACCGAGGACACUCGGCUCUCUCCGCAGACGCGGGACCAUGUGGGCCUGGGCGCUGUGGGUGCUCCCUCUGCUCUGCCCAGGCGGCCUGGCAGCUCUGCCAGCCAAGCCCGAGAACAUUUCUUGCAUCUACUACUACGGGAAGAAUUUUACCUGCACCUGGAGCCCAGAGAAGGAGGCCAGUCACACGUGGUACAGGGUCAGGAGGACUCACUCUUAUGGACGUAAAAGUGACACUUGUGAUUCUACAAGCGAGACCCCCGCUUCGUGCUCCUUCCUAACUUCAAUCACAAUCCCGGACAAUUACACCAUCCAGGUGGAGGCUCGGACUGCGGACGGGGCCGUGGAGUCUGACGUGACACAUUGGCGCUUAGAUACCAUAGUAAAAAUGGACCCACCUGUGAUUUCCAGUGUGAAACCAGUUUUGGGCUUCAAACGGAUGCUUCAGAUACAAUGGGCCAAGCCUGAGCUGGCCCCCGCCUCUUCCGCGUUGCAGUGCCGGCUUCGGUUCAGAACAGCGAACAGCACCCGCUGGAUGGAAGUCAGCUUCUGGGUCGAAGAAGGGAUCGAGAGAAAACAAAAUUACAGCCUCACGGGGCUGCGGGCCUUCACGGAGUACGAGGUGGCGCUGCGCUGUGUAGCCCAGGAGUCCGCCUUCUGGAGCGGCUGGAGCCCCGUGCGCAGCGGGACCACCGCGGAGGAAGCUCCCCUGGGCCUGGACCUGUGGAGGGUGCUGGGACCCACCCGGGAGGAUGGGAGCCGCCCCGUGAGGCUGCUGUGGAAGAAGGCCAGAGGAGCCCCGGCCCUGGAGAGAGUACUCGGCUACCACGUCUGGUACUUUCCGGAAAACACCACCGACCUCACGGAGACCGUGAACACCACCCGCCAGCCGCUGGAGCUGACGCUGGGCGCCGAGGCCUACCGGGUGUCGGUGGCGGCCUAUAACUCGCUGGGCCAGGGUCCGGCCGCCACCCUGCGCAUCCCGGCCGCCGCCGAGGAGGCGUUCCCGGGCGUCGUGGCCGUGCAGGCCCACCUCUCGCAGGACCAGCUGGUGGUGGCGUGGCAGAACUCCACUCCGCACGUGGACUCAUGGAGGGUGGAGUGGUCCCCCGAUCUGGACUCCGAGCCCCGCACCGUGCGCUGGGAGGCGGUGACCGGAGCCAGGAACUGGACGAUCCGGAGAGAUGAAUUAGACCCUCUCCAGUGCUAUAACAUCUCCGUGUAUCCAAUGUGGCAAGACCGUGUGGGCAAGCCGUGUUCUGUCCAGGCCUACGCCAAGGAAGGCGUCCCGUCAGUAGGUCCCGUGACCAAGGUGGAGGGCAUCGGCGUGAACACUGUCACCAUCAGGUGGGAAGAGAUCCCCAAACAUCUGAGAAACGGCUUCAUCCGCAACUACACCAUCUUCUACCAGCCCGCGGGCGGGGGGGAGUUCGCCAAGACGGUCGGCGCCAGCACCCUGCAGUAUGGCCUGGAGUCCUUGACGCGCAGGACCUCUUACUACGUCUGGGUCAUGGCCAGCACCAGCGCCGGCAGCUUCAACGGCACCACGAUCAACUUCAAGACGCUGUCCAUCAGUGUCCUGGAGACCUGCCUCGCGGCGGCGCUGGGCGGGGGCGGGCUGCUCAUCCUCAGCGUCCUGGCCGCGGCCUGUGGCCUCCGGAAGCCCAAGUUCAAGCGCCUGUGUUGGCCGGACGUCCCCAACCCUGCGGAGAGCAGCCUGGCCGCGUGGCGAGGCGGGGACCUCAAGGAUAAGCUGCACCUGAGGGAGGUUGAUGAUGCCAUGAGCACAGAGGACAGGAUUCUCAAGCCCUGGGCUGCCCCCAGCGACCUCAUUGACAAGUUGGCGGUGAACUUCGAGAAUUUCCUGGAAGAGGUUUCCGGAGAGGAGGCGGAAAAGGGCCAGGAAAACAUCCUGGGAGGGGACAAGAAUGAGUACGUGAUCUCCCCUUUCAGGCCUUACUGUCUCCUGGAGCCGCUCUCUGCAGCCGAGGCCCCACCCACUGCAGCUGGGGACCCGCCCACUGCAGCUGGGGGCCCGCCCACUUCAGCUGAAGUCCCUCCCACUGUAGCUGAGGCCCCGCCCACAUCGUCCAAGGCUCCGCCCACUGCUGCCGAGGCCCCACCCACUGCAGAUGAGGCCCCUCCCACUUCAGCUGGGGGCCCGCCCACUUCAGCUGAAGUCCCUCCCACUGUAGCUGAGGCCCCGCCCACAUCGUCCAAGGCUCCGCCCACUGCUGCCGAGGCCCCACCCACUGCAGAUGAGGCUCCACCCACUGCAGCUGGGGGCCCGCCCACUUCAGCUGAAGUCCCUCCCACUGUAGCUGAGGCCCCUCCCACAUCAUCCAAGGCUCUGCCCACUUCAUCCAAGGCUCCGCCCACUGUGGCCGAGGUUCCGCCCAGAGAGCCCCAGUGCCUGUGCUCUGGCAGCUGGGAGGGCACCUGCCCAGAAGCUGAGGAGCGGCUUCUCCCUUCUGCCCAGGGCCCAGGGCCCGCCUGCCCCUGCGAGGCGGGUGCGCUCAACCCGUAUCUGAAAAACUCGGUGACCACCAGGGAGUUUCUUGUGUCUGAGGAGCUUCCAGACCAAACCAAGAGCGCCAUCUAGAGGCCACACCGGCGUCCCUCUGCCGGGCGACCUGCAUCCCAGCUGCAUCUUCACAUCCAUCCGCUCAGGUCUUGCCCGCGAGGCGCGAGCGGCGCAGAGGGACCCCCAGAGGGAGAGGGGUGCGGAAGCCCAGCAUUUGUCCAGGAAAAGCCCUGUCGUUCCUUUUGCUCCGAUGAGAAGCUCCUGCGGAGGCGGGAACAGCCUGGCUGGGAGGACGGGGCCCAGUGGCCGGUCAGGGUCACGGCCUGGCGGCCACUCCUCAGAGCCCAGGCACAUUUUCCCGUGGCCAGGGCAGUGGUCUCGGUGGCUCCUGGGGAGGCUGAUGGAGGGAGCGUCUCCCAUCACCGCAGCCUCCCCGGCCCCGGCCCCCCCGAGUCCUCACUGAUGUCUGUCCCUCCUCGUCGCCCGUUAUGUCUCCAGGUCCGCAGCAGCAGCCCCUCUGCCGGCCCACAGACCCGGCGCUGCCAGGUCACGGGCGAUUCCUGGGCACGGGCUCCUGGCGCGGCCAGCAGGUCUGCCCCGUCUCCAGGCCACUGCCCAGCGCAGACCUCGUUCCCAGGGGCCCCUCUGCCCCCCGUCUUGCCCCGAAACCUGGGGUGGAAAGACACCCCCAUUUCAGGGGCUUUGCAUUGAACCUCAGCUGACUCGGUGCUGGGCAGGCUGGUGGACACACCCUCGGGGCCUCUGCCCAGGACAGCUGCUGCCUCCACAGCAGGCCCUGCCUGUGCCCAGUGGAGCCCGGAGCUCGGACCCCUGCAGUCAGGGGCCCCAGAGCCUCUGUGCGGACGGCAGGGGUCAGCCGCCCUGACCGGGGACCGGUUGGCGCUGGGCUGCAAGGACGCCAGAUGCGGCUGCCGUGUGGCCGGAGGCUGGUGGCAUGUCCUCCCGGGAGGGGCAGUCCGGGGGGGCCUCUCGGCCACCCGCUCAGCUGUGCAGACAUCGCUCACGCUCCUGUCACUGGAACCGGCUCCUGGCCCGAGGCCCUGGCACUGGCAGUGACGCGGCCCCGGUGGGAUUCCCAGUGCUCACGUCUGUGACUCGGGCCGUGUGUUCCGGGGCCGAUUCUGAGGGGUCAGUGGAGAGGCUGGAGUGUGUCCCGGGGGUGUCUGCCCAGGGCUGGUGUCGGCUGUGCCUGGGGCCCCGCCUG